AUGGCGGACAUGACCAAUAGCGUGAUCGUGGCCUCCUGCAAGGCCAAUGGGGGCUACGCCGCGCCGCACCUCAACGACCAGCUCUUUCUUCACUGCCGUGGUUUCACUGCGAUCCAGAACCUGGAGCCGUACACGGACUUGAAGGUGCUGUGGCUGGAGCAGAACGCGCUUUCUGAGCUUAGCGGCCUAACGAGUCAAAAAGACAGCCUUGUCUCGCUCUUCGUGCAGAACAACUUCAUCCGGUCACUCUCUUCAUUGACGACAACUCUCCACGGACUGCGCGUCCUGAACGUGUCGCACAACUACUUGACUUCUCUGCGCGGCAUUGCUGCGGGAUGUCCGUCGCUGGAGACCCUGCAGGCGUCCCAUAACCAACUCACCUCUCUCGAAGUCUGCGAGGAGCUCUGGCAGUUGGCUGGUAGCCUCACCAGCGUCGACUUGUCUUUUAACCGCAUCGAGGCUUCCCGCGAGCCGGCCGGCAGUGCCACCGCAAACCCUGUCACUACCGUCGCCACGACAACAGCGAGAGAGUUAGAAGACACUGCAGCCGCUGAUGAUGUUCGCAUCGUCGACGCUGCAGACACCGGCGCCGUCUUAUCCGCCGCUAUGCCGCCCACGGUGGUUGCGCUGCCUAAGCCGGACCCGCUUGCCAUCGCGCAGUUCUUUCAGCACCUCCCACUGGUCAGCGUCAUCUAUCUCCAAGGCAACGGACUGUCCCACCGCUUGCGUCACUAUCGGCGCAACAUGAUCCUACAUCUGCCUGCCCUCACCUACCUCGAUGAGCGCCCCGUGUUCCCAGAGGAGCGUCGUGUGGUGGAGGCGUGGGGACGCUGCGGGGACGCGGGCGAGGCGUCCGAGCGUGCCGCGAUCCGCGAAGAGAAGCGUGCACAUCUCACCCAGUGCGUGACGCUGCUGACGGAGCAGCGUGAGGAGCAGCGGGUCGUGCGGGAUCGUCUGACACAGCAGUUGGACCUGCGCUGCGCACAGGAGCUAGAGGAGCUGAAACAGCGGCGACGCCGCGACCGCGACAACCGCGUCGCCAUAGACGCUGAGGAAGGUGUUGCCCGUGAUGCUUUGGAGAAGGCAGAGCAGGAGGCUCGUUGGGAUACCGAGGAGUUCUUCCAGGAGGCUCACAAGCUGCUGUCAGUGACCGAGACGGCGCACCGCCGCGCCCACGAGCAGCGCGUGGCUGUGGCAGCAGCUGUUCAGGCGGCGGCGCAGGAGGCGGUAGCAGAGCGCAAGGCGGAGGAUGGUGCUGGCAGCGGCGAUGCUGAUAGCGACACUGCCGGUGUCUCCACGACUGCCGCCCUAAAGGUGCUCGAGAACGCGGCAUCGCACUCGUCUGGUGGGCUCUCCUUCACCUGCUGCAACAGCGAUGCCACCGACCCAAUUGCGAUGUCACCCGAGGCACCUCUCCCCCCACAGUUCGGCGCCCUUGCCGAGCUUCUGCGGUUGGAUGAUGACGUUUUGAAGGAGAUGGAGAUGGAAAUUGAGAACGUGCUUCAUGACAUCAGCUCCAGUGCACUCCUCGCCAAGCCCAUAUCGGCCCCCCAGGAUGCUGGGUCAGCGGAGCUAAGCGAUAGCCCCGCCAUAUUCUCAAGUCGCCAGGUGACGGACCGCACCACGUUACGGAUGGAGAAGAAUGUGCGCGCUGCGGUAGGUCGCGUGUCGAACCAGCUACGGGCACAGCAGCAGCGUCGCAGCUCUAGGAUGCAGCAGGAGACGUGGGAACGCUUUGAGGAGUGGAAGGCGCGCCGGACCUCUCAGCAGUGGAAGUCGUAA